GUGGGUUGAGUCAGAGCGGGGGGGGGCUGCUCUGUCCCACACACCCACCGUCAGCGGCGACGACAAGCCGAAAGAAUUAAAAUAAAAUAAAUAAAAAACUGCGGGAGGGGCCGAUUUCCACGGAAAGUUGCCCCGGGAAGCGUCAGGACCCGAAGCGUCUUCGGCAUCCGCGUGCGCUCUUCGUUUUUUUCCGGCUGUCAUUCCAGAAAAAGAAAAAAAAAAGAGCCGGCGGGCUAGAUGCUAAUUCGACACCGGUCUGCCUGUGACUCGGAGCGGUCUGUGCCUCCGCCCGCCGAGCCGCCCUCCCCGCCAGCAUCCAUAUUUGCCUCCCAGGGAGUGGCAGCCGCCGAAUCCGCCCUUCUUCUUCUCCCCGCCGAACUCCUGGAGGCCAGCCGGGAUCCGGCACCCUCCCCCCCCUCCCCCGAACGGGAUUUCAACCCAGACGGGCAGAUAAACAUGGAAGCUGAAGGCCUCCACUUCCUCCUCUAGAGCCAGAUCCUCAAAGCCUUCGUCUCGUGGGAGGAGCUCUGAAGCCCCGCCCACCUCACGCUGCAGAAUGAACAUGCUAAAGUCCAGCGGGCUGAAGGUCCCCAGCCGUGGGGCCAAACACUCCAGCCCGGUGGGAAGAUCCUCGGUGGGCGGGACGUCCAGCCCCGUGGCGCCUAAAGACGGCGCUCCACUCAAACCCGUACCACCAACCAGGAUGUCGGAGGAGGGCGAUGAUGUUUUGAGCGACUACGCCGUUGGCGAGCAGGUUUGGGUCAACGGGGUCAAAGCUGGAGUCAUCGCCUACCUUGGGGAGACCCAGUUUGCCCCAGGGCAGUGGGCAGGCGUGAUUCUAAACGACCUAGUUGGCAAGAACGACGGUUCAGUGGGCGGCGUGCGCUACUUCGAGUGCCAGCCCCUCCAGGGCAUCUUCACGCGGCCCUCCAAGCUCACCCGGCAGCCGGUCGGCGAGGGGAGCGACAGCCACUCCACAGACUCGGCCCAGAAUCAGACGCCGCAGAGCGGCGGCCCCGCUGGUCAGCGGGUUGUGGUGCCGCUCCGAGAGGGCCUGCUCAACAGCGCCGUGAAAACCGGAAACGAGUCCGGGUCCAACCUGUCGGACAGCGGGUCGGUUAAAAAGAGCGGAGACAAGGACCUUCGAGUCGGAGAUCGAGUUCUGGUGGGGGGCUCUAAGACGGGGGUCAUUCGCUACGUGGGAGAAACCGACUUCGCCAAAGGGGAAUGGUGCGGGGUGGAGCUGGACGAGCCUCUGGGGAAGAACGACGGCGCCGUGGCUGGUACAAGAUACUUCCAGUGUCUUCCCAAGUUUGGCCUUUUCGCUCCGAUCCACAAGGUGAUCCGCAUCGGCUUCCCCUCCACCAGCCCGGCCAAGGCGAAGAAGAGCAAGCGGGUGGCCAUGGGCGUGUCCUCUCUGGCCCACAGCCCCAGCAGCUCCUCCAUCAGUUCAGUCAGCUCGGUGGCCUCAUCCGUGGGUGGACGGCCGAGCCGCGCUGGACUGCUGACGGAGACGUCGUCCCGCUACGCCCGGAAGAUUUCAGGCACCACGGCGCUCCAGGAAGCCCUGAAGGAGAAGCAGCAGCACAUCGAGCAGCUUCUGGCAGAGAGGGACCUGGAGCGGGCCGAGGUUGCCAAGGCGACCAGCCACAUCUGUGAGGUGGAGAAAGAGCUGAGCGUGCUCAAGACGCAGCACAUGCAGUACGUCAACGAGAACGAGAGCGCACUGCAGCAGCUCAAAGCUGUGCUGGCGGGAGCGCAGAAGGAGAAGCUGGAGCUGGCCAAUCAGCUGGAGGAGGAGAAGAGGAAAGUGGAGGACCUCCAGUUCAGGGUGGAGGAGGAAUCCAUCACCAAAGGAGACCUGGAGGGGAGACGCAGUCAGGCGGCAGCGUCCCAGCGGUUGGGUAAGACGCUCCAGCAAACCACGGUGCAGGAGCAGAGUCGCAUCGUGCAGCUGGAGAGGGAGCUCGGCCUCCGGAGAGCCGAGAUCCAGGAGCUGCAGGCGCAGCUGGGGCGGCGCGCCGAAGACGGACACGUGUUUGCCGACGGCCAGCCGGAGGAGGAGCACGCCGCGGCGUUACGAGCAAGCCGGCAGGAAGCUGAGACUCUGAAGGCCGUCGUGGAGAAACAGAACCUGGAGAUCAGUGAGAUGAAGCUGAAAGUCCAGCAGGCCACCAAGGAGAACGUGGAGAUGAUGGAGAGCUGGAAGGCUAAAUUUGACACCUUAGUGAGCGACCACCAGAGGUCCCUGGAGGAGCUGAAGGCCUCGCUGCUGGGCCCCGGUCAGGCUGUUCCAGACGGCGCCGAGCAGAACGCCCCGGAACUGAGGAGCACCCUGGAGGGCCUGAAGAUGGAGCACCAGCUGGAGGUGGAGAAUCUGAAAGCCAAGCACAAGAUCGAAGCGGCCAUUCUGACCAAGGAGCGCGAGGACCUGAGCGCUCGCCUGCAGGAGGCCAGGGACCGGCUGGCCGAGGGCCGCCACGCGCCCCGGCCCGAGACGGAGGCCGCCGAGAAGCUGCAGAGGGCGGAGAGGAGGCUGGCAGAGAUGGAGCGGCUGCAGGCGGAGCAGGACAGAAGUGCGGUGGAGCUGCGCGACAGGCUGGAGCUGUCAGAGAAGAAGAUGACGGAUUACCAGGCGCUGCAGAACGCUCAGGCAGAGAGCCGAGGAGAGAUCCAGAGGCUGGAGGAGAAGCUGAGGGUGACGGCAAACCAGCUGCAGGCCGCGCAGGCGGACCGCUACACCUCGCACGAUGCAAACGUGAUAGAAGACAACGACAUGUCAGCAGAGAAGAUGAAGCUGAAGCAGAACAUUGAAGAAACGACAGAGAAGCUCCUGAAGAGAGAAAAAGAAGUUUCUACUCUGACGUCUCAGCUUGAAGCUCUCAAAUCUCAGAUUGGAGCUCUGGAGGGCAAGGUUCGACUGGGGGAAAAGAGAACGGAAGCACUGGCAAAGGAGAAGAUGCGCGUGGAGGCGGAGCUGGAGUCCAUGACCAAGAAGUCCCAUGAUGCAUCAGGGCAGUUGGUCAGCAUCAGCCAGGACCUGCUGAAGAAAGAGAAGAGCCUGAAUGAACUCCGGGUUUUGCUCCUGGAGUCCCAUCGCCACUCGCGCGACGUGGAGAAAGACCUGAACCGGGAGGUGCACAAAGCCGAGUGGAAGGUCAAGGAGCAGAAACUUCAGGAAGACAUCAAGACCCUGAGAGAAAAGCUGCUGGUUCUGGGGCGGGAGCGAUCCUCCCCGGAUCACCGACGCUACUCCAUGCUGGACCCGAUGGCUCUGGAUUCUGAGGUGAACCGCCUGCGGCAGCGGCUGCUCAGCACGGAGGACGCCCUGAGGAACGCCUUGGACCACAACCAGCAGGUGGACCAGCUGGUCCAGGCCAUGCGCAGACGUCCCGAUAAAAGCCCGGUCCACGGAGCGAACUCGGCCAACGGGAUUCACCCCCAGGAGUCAGAAGAUGGACAGCGCUGAUGGAGGCGGGAGAAGCCGGAUCCAGACCGACGGAGGACCGACUCUUCCCCCCCCCUCCCCGCAGACGUUCCCACUUCAAACCAAAACCUCUGAGCUGUUGGAGAGCAACGAAGAACGCUUAAAGUAAUAUAAAAACGGACGAGGAGAGAUGUUGUCGGUACACCUGCUGAAAACCUUUGAUGCUUUAUCGUAGUUAGAAACUUCUGCAAGAACUUUUGGACCGCUCUGCAUCUCGGUCCAGAACCCCCAACAGCUGACUUGACAAAAACAUGAUGGCUUCCUUUGGUUUAUUUAUCACUUCUGUUCUAGAAUCCACUGUAUGUCUGCAGAAAAGCUCAUGAAAACUCUUUUGGAUGGAAAGUUUUCCAUCUCGUCUUUUGAUUGGUCAAAAACGAGCAAACAAACCCUUCAAGGCUGUCGAGAUGAAACCCAAGUGUCCAGAACCGAAGGAAGGAACCAGGAUGGGGAACCACGAGCAACGAUGUGACGAUGGGAGAAAAUACUGUAACUCUGAAUCCUUUCAGUCAUUAAAGCUUUUAUAUGAAAGAGUGGAGCGCUGUGA